GCUUCGCUCCAACAAUUCAAUCCGAUAACCCAACCACCAUCAUGAAAGCCACCACCCUCCUCCUCGCGCUUUGCGCACAAUUCCUCCCUUCAACCGCUGCAAUUACAGAGCAAAUAGACACAGCAACAAUCUACAUCCAACCCCUCCUCUCCGACUCCGCAUACCCACUAGCCAGUAUAUCUUACAACCCCUCCACCCUCUCUGCCUCCCUCGUAUCCUACGAUCCUCCUACCGAUCUUCUUCCCGAGAUCUCCUCAUCACCAGAAUCGGACUCCGGUAACCCCAAUGAGAAUCUCGCUCGCAUAGGCAUAUUCGAUCCUGCCACCGCUAUCUUCAAAAGCUCCACUUCUCUUCUCUCCUUGACGAAUUUCGAAAAGGGUUAUAGACCGACUAUUCUUUUGACGUUGGAUUCGCAGGGAGCGGUGCUGGGGGUUACGGUUAAGAGUGGUGUUAUAGAUGCGGGUGCUACGAGAGACUUUGCGCCGAAAGUCGAGAUUAGACGGAUCGUUGAGGGGAAGGAACCAGUCUUGGGUCCUAAGGUUGUAUUGAGUAAGGAAGGAAAGCUGGAGAAGGAGGUUCCAGAGAAGACAUUCUUACAGAAGUAUUGGUGGGUUCUUUUGGGAGCAGCAAUGUUGACUCUGACUUCUGGAGGAUCUGAGUAAUAGAUACUACUAGAAACUUGGUAUGGGAAUUAGAGCGAUGUUUUGAGAGUAUACGGGUGCUGGAUAGGUUCGUUAAACAUCGUUCUGGCUGGGAACUUCACGAGACGACAUGGCGAUCAAAUCCCGGCCGACUCCAUGUGAACUUUUCAAAACGACUCGGUAGAAGGUCGCCAAGACGCGCAAAACCGUGUACUAGAGACUCUAGGGCCUUUCCAGGAUUAGAAGGCAAAGAAAUCCCGAGAUAGUUGGCCACGUCGCUGUGUUGUAGAUCAAUGGGUAGCGAGCUCGUCGCUUAAAAGAAACAUUAAUACUCACGGCUCCUUUUGGCAUGUCGGAUAACCCAUUGAUCCGCACAUGUUGGAAAUAGCUUUAUAAUUCAAAAUUACGAUCUACCA